AUGCAGUUCAUCAAAUGUCUCGGUAUCAGCACGGUGCUGUAUUCUCUCGCAAGUGCAACGAGCUGCACUUCCGACCUUGCGAUCCCCUGGACAUUUGGCAGCGGCAGCGAUGACUCGGCCUCAGCUGCAGGUGCAGAAUUGAGGGCUGAGGGUGAGGCGAAUGCUCUUGGUCUUAUCGGGAAGCGUGAGUCUGGCGAUCUUGAUUGUACCUUCGCCGAGAUCUGCCUUGUGGAUACGGAUAAUAUGCUCUUCUGCAUGGAUGCCAAUACUGGUGAUUUCCACGACAUCUCUGGGGGCACAGGAAAUGUUUAUACGGGGGAAACUACCACUCAAGCCGGCGAAGAUGAGACGACCGCGGACGACGAGACGCCGAGUUCCACCGCAUCUGGCCCAGGAUCCAUAUCAACAGCCAAGUCGGGAAACGCAGGGGCUUGCACGUCAGACGUCGCAAUACCUGUGCCUCUGGGAAUGGGUGCCAGUGGCAGCCAGGCAAACUGCGCCGCAGUAGAAGCUGUUGGCACUUCGAGUUGCGACAGCAAGCGGGCUUCGUCAGAACUAGAGUGCACCUCGGGGGAGAUGUGUAUACUCUAUGGAGCGACCCUCUUGAUGUGCUAUAAAUCAGCGACUGGAGACUAUCGUGACGAACAUGGAGGCAAGGGCAAUGAAUACUCUGGAAAAUACACAGCUUCGAAUGGCGAGGUACAAACCGUGACUGGCACCAUGCUACCGGCUCUUCCUACCGCUGGUGCUUCGAAAGACGCAGGAGAGGCAACAAGCACCUCGACUACCACGAGUGUGGGCGGAAGUGGCAAUUCAGAUAGCUCGGCACCGCAGAAAUCUGCCGUAGCUUCACAGCAGUCCACUGGAGCGACAGUAAAGGGUGGAACGUGUGGGGUAUUGCUCGCAGUGGCUAUGUCAGUCCUUGUGGCAGCAGUACGCCUGACGGCAGGCUGGUGA